CCAAAUCAAACCUUCCGCCACCCAAAUCAUUCCCCUCUUUGCCCUUUUUUCUCAACCCUCAAAUUCCCACCUUUUUCUUCAUCAUCUCUACCUGCAAUUACUUCUCUAAUUAACUGUUGCUACUGGUGGAAGAAGAUCCCGGCAGUUCAAUUUGAUGCUGACAGUUACCUAGCUGGUGACUGUUUUAUGUGGUUGAGUUGCGGAAGUGAAGUACAGUGAUUUCGUCUGAGAGGGAACAAUUUUAAGCUAAGAGCUGCACUGUCAUGCUUAAUGUUGCUCCCGGCUGGUGGGAUCGGGAUGAAUUCUGCAAUGGAUGAUAUGAACUUGAUCCAGCACGCUCAGAGGCAUCACCUUGUUGUCAGGGAUCUUGGAGAAGAAAUUGAUUUGGAAAUAGGCCCCGGAGAUGAUGAUCCUUCUUUCUCACAUGAUUCUCUUCUUCGUGUUCAAGCACAUGAAGCAUCGGCCAAAGAGCAUGGUGAAGACAAGCUCAUGAUGGGUUCUCACCUUCCUAACGAGGAUCAAGAUUUGUCGAAGGCACAAUCAGGGAAAAGGAAGAAGAAAGUUGUUAAAAGAUGGCGAGAAGAAUGGGCUGAUACAUAUAAAUGGGCAUACGUCGAUGUAAAGGAUGGGACUGCGAGGAUAUUCUGUUCUGUAUGUAGAGAGUAUGGCAGGAAGCAUAGGCGGAACCCUUAUGGAAACGAAGGAAGUAGGAAUAUGCAAAUGAGUGCCCUGGAGGAACACAACAAUAGUUUGCUUCACAAAGAGGCUCUCCGCCUGCAACAAGCCUCUAAAGAAAAAGUAAUUGUUGACAAGCCAAUCUACGUGAAAGCUCUUAUGUCAAAAACGGCUGGAUCAAUUGUUGAAGCUGCAUUGAGAAGAGACCCUCAUGAAACUGAGUUUAUACAGUCUGUUCAAGAAGCGGUUCAUGCUCUGGAAAGAGUGAUUUCAAAAAACUCCACUUAUGUCAAUACCAUGGAGCGAUUGCUAGAACCUGAGCGUACAAUUAUCUUUCGGGUUCCAUGGGUUGAUGACAGAGGAGAGACACAUGUCAACCGUGGUUUCCGUGUUCAUUUUAACCAGACGCUUGGCCCAUGCAGAGGUGGACUACGCUUUCAUCCACUGAUGAACUUGAGCAUUGCUAAAUUUCUCAGUUUUGAGCAGACUUUAAAAAAUGCUCUAUCUCCAUAUAGGCUGGGAGGCUCUUCUGGUGGGAGUGAUUUUGAUCCCAAAGGGAAAAGUGAUAAUGAGGUCAUGAGAUUUUGUCAGAGCUUCAUCAAUGAGCUGUAUCGGUAUUUGGGUCCUGACAAGGAUCUUCCUUCAGAGGAGAUGGGUGUUGGCACUCGUGAAAUGGGCUAUUUGUAUGGACAAUAUCGAAGGCUGACCGGCCAUUCUCAGGGAAGUUUUACGGGGCCUAGAGUAAACUGGUCUGGAUCCAGCCUUCGAACUGAAGCUACUGGCUAUGGAUUGGUAUUCUUCGCCCAACUUAUGCUUGCUGACAUGAAUAAAGAGCUGAAAGGACUAAGAUGUGCAGUUAGUGGUUCUGGAAAAAUAUCGAUGCAUGUCCUAGAGAAGCUUAUUGCAUAUGGUGCAGUUCCUAUUACAGUUUCAGAUUCGAAGGGUUAUUUGGUGGACGAGGAUGGGUUUGAUUUCAUGAAAAUUUCAUUUUUACGAGACAUUAAAGCUCAGAAUAGAAGUUUGAGAGACUAUUCAAAAACUUAUGCUCGCUCCAAGUACUACGAUGAAGCAAAGCCAUGGGGUGAAAGGUGUGACGUUUCCUUUCCUUGUGCUUCCCAGAACGAGAUCGAUCAAUCCGAUGCCAUCAAUUUGGUAAACUCAGGUUGCCGGAUACUUGUAGAGGGCUCAAAUAUGCCUUGUACGCCCGAAGCAAUCGAUGUUUUAAGAAAGGCUAAUGUUCUUGUUGCUCCUUCUAUGGCUGCCGGAGUGGGAGGGGUAGUAGCUGGAGAACUAGAACUAAAAGAAUGUAAUUUGAAUUGGUCUCCCGAAGAUUUUGAGUCGAAACUACAGGAAGCAAUGAAGCAAACAUAUCAAAGAGCACUAAAAGCAGCGGCAGAUUUUGGGUACCCGAAAGAGAGUCCCGAGUCAUUGGUGCAUGGUUCUGUUAUCUCGGCUUUUCUGACGAUCGCAAGCAGUAUGGCCGAUCAAGGGUGUGUGUAAGUCUUGACUAAAUUAAGCUAUGAACUGUAAGACAUUCUUUCAAUCAAGUAUUUGUAAAACCGGUGAGAACCGAUACAGUUCUUUCAAUUUUCUAUCGAAUAUUGAGCAUAGGUUGGAGCCUUGGAUUGUAUAGGUAGCAAAGAAAGAUUGUAUAUUCUCUUGUAUCUCCUAUUUAAAAUGUAGAUGGUAAGUGAUUAUGUGGGUUC